CAGAAGUGGGACAUCCGAAAAGAACCCCGCCUUGGCAGAGAAAUGGUAUCGUCCAAAGAUGGCAGCCUCCGUGUGGAAGCGAUGUGUGACUGCAGCAGUCAAAGUUAAAUGUUUCUCUCUGUCCUUGUCAGCCAGAAGAUGGUUGCUCUCAGCAGCGUACACCGACACCAAAGUGUGGGAGGCCAGAGAGAAAGAUCCUCAGAACCUGGCUGUUCUGGCCAUCAAUAUGGACAGGACAUAUGAUAGGAAUCUCCCAGUUAGCUCUCUGACUGUGUCACGGUUUGUUGACAACAUUUCAUCUCGAGAGGAAGUUGAUCAAGCAGAGUACUACCUUUACAAGUUUCGUCACAGUCCAAACUGUUGGUACCUGAGAGACUGGACCAUUCACGAUUGGAUCAGACAGUGUCUAAAAUACGGGGCCAGGGAGAAGGCCCUGCACACACUUAAAAACAAGGUCCAGUAUGGAAUAUUCCCAGAUGACUUCACAUUUAACCUGCUCAUAGAUUCUUACAUUAAAGAUGGAGACUUUAAAAGUGCCUGCUCGGUGGUUGAAGAAGUAAUGCUUCAGGAGGCCUUCGACCUUCCCUCCACGCAGAUCCUGUCUCUGCACGCUCUGGGUAGUUACCUAGCAUCCAGACCACAACUCGCUGUGUCAGAGGAGCGGGCAUUGGGAGCAUCACUGCUUAUCUGUGGACUGAAGCAAGACAGCACUGUUGGGCUCAGCGCCCAGCUACUUGGCAAUGCUCUCCUAGGCAAGGUAGAGAUGUUAAAGGGCAUACAUGCCGUGUUCAAGGGGAUGCCUCUCUUCUGGGGUUGUGGGUAUCUGGACCGAGCACUGGCUGUCAUGGAGAGAGUGGCUGCUGCUUCUGGUGAUGUCAAGCUGUCCAAGUACACACUGGACUACAUGAAUGACUUGCUGCAGGAACUGUGUUCUACCUCAGACACUGAUUCCUCUGGAGAGGAGUCAGCAGGUGACGAGGACAAGAAGGAAGACACUGUAGAUGAAGAUGAUCAGGCCGAGCGGGCUAGGCUACCUCAGUAUGCCAGCAGAUUCAAGGAACUGAGCAGGCAGCUGGAGUCUCUGGGUAAAGUGGACUCUGCCUCCUUCCAGGAUUUAGUUACCACUCUUGCCCAGCAGAACCUGGCGGCUGCAGAAAAACCCGACUUGGAGCAGUACGAGAGCCGGGUGCAGGCAUGGGAGGCUGAGAAGAGGCAGCUGAUUCAGAGAGAGAAAGCAAUGAGGGAGAAGGCCGAGCAGGAGAAACAGGAGCGGUUAGCUUCAAAGGCUGCAGCCCAGCAGGCAUAGAGACUCUUAAGAUGGAGUUGAAUGAAGAUCACUAAACUGUCUAUUGAGUACGUACAUUCAAAUUGUAUAUACUUAGGAUAUAACAUACGCCUCGAAAAUUGUGAAAUAUCAACAUUACAUCUGCUUGUGUCAUUAGUUACUUUUGUAAUUCAAUUAUUGUGUUCUUAUGUAAUUAAGUGUUGCUCUGUUUUUAUAGAAUUAAGAGCGGCAAAUAUAAAUAUAUUGUCAAGAUAAGGUUUCAUUUGUAUAUGAAAUUCUGUCUCUCAUUUACCGAUUUUCUGAUUUGGACUACGGGGAUGAUAUCAUUAUUGGAACUUAUGCACACAUCAAUUGUUAAGCCUGAUCGUCGGUUGACCUCGUGAGCAAAAAAAGGGGAAAGCUGGGGAAAGAUCUUACCAUCACAUCCUCCCACUCCUCUCUCUCUGUGUGUGUGUGUGUGUGUGUGUGUGUGUGUGUGAGAGAGAGAGAAGCAUCUUUAGACGUUUUCUCACAGGGGAUUGAAGGGGGUAUUGCACAGAAGAAUUUGCUGAUAGCCAAUCUAGACAACACCAUAUUUUUUUGCAUGGAAAGGAAUGCAUUUAUGACCAGAAACCUUUCGUGUAUUAGAUCCUGAACAGUAUGAAUAGACACAGUGUACUUCAGUGUUUGUUAAAAAGUGAACAUCUCAACAGAGUGCAGCAUCAGCUACUACAGCAAGAGCACACAAUUAACUGGCUAAUAGUUAACUGGCAAAUAAAGGAAAGCGUGUGUUUAGACGCCACAGAAAGAUAAGAUAAUAGAUCUUUGGAGAAGAAAAUGCUGUUGUGGUACUGCACGUAAUGUGUUCAUUCCACAUUAUGUUGCAGCUAUUCAGUAUUCAGAGCAUGAUCUUGGGAAACAGCUUGGUAUGCAGUCUAGGAUGAAUGAGCAGCACGAAAUGUUUAAAACAAGAACUAUUGUGAUGGCUCUUUGCUGCUUUUCUGAGAGCAGCUCCUCACUCAUAGCCAGUGUGUCUUUUUAUAUAAGCAUCAGAAAAGCAAUUUAGCGGUUAGAAAAUAGCAUUAUUUAUAUUUAGUCCCUUCUGAAUAUCACAACAUGGAGGUGUUGCUUCUAUCCACCACCUGAAACUGAGCAUGUAAGUUUUCCUUUUUGACCUUAAAAACAGCAACUCAGUCCAGGAUCAACGAAGUGGAGACUGACGCAUCACUGAAUUAAAACAUAAUAUGUGACCCUUUCAGAUAGAGUAAGAGGCAAUACGGUCUACACAUGUGUCCUGGCACUGAAUUAAAAUGCUGUUUAAAAACGACGUAAAAUGGCAAGUUUUUAAUUUGAAUUUCAGGCAACAACACAUACCUGAAUUACAAAACAUUAAGUGUAGCUAGCAAAGUUAGUGGAAGGUUAAUAACAUUUCCCAGUCAUUCUUAACUGUAUGAGAAGCAUUGGUACUUGCUCUGAAACAUUUCUCGAUGCAUGUAAUGUCAUUCUUACAUUCUCAAGUUGGAAAAGUUAAAUUUACAUUUAGCUGACACUUUUAUCCAAAGCGACUUACAAUUGCUAUACAUGUCAGAGGUCGCACGCCUCUGGAGUAUGAUGAGUUAAGUGUAUUGCUCAGGGACACAAUGGUCGAUGGGUCACAGUGGGGGAUUGAACCCGGGUCUCUCAAACCAAGGGCAUGUGUUUUAUCCAUUGCGCCAUUGCCACCCUAUAUUGAAUAUAUUCUUUGACCUCCUAAACUGUUAUACUGUAAAACUUCAGAUGACCUAUCAUUUAUGAAUCAUUCAAUUGAUCUAACCAUGAAACACGGUGCAUCUAGACCAACCCAGAGAGACUACAUUUAUGGACUAAAGGAAUAUAAAUAAUCAAGGAAUGAACACAUAUCUGGACUUAAUGACUUAUUCAAGGGUAGUGAGUCCCCACUUUUUUUUUCACCUCUCUUGUUUAUUAUAUCAUAAAUUAUACUUUGGUGUUCAUAGUUUGCUUAAAAUGAACUGAACAAUUGUAUUGUGGAGAAUCUAUUCAGUCUAGGGAUGUGUAGCAUAUCCAUGUUGACAAAAGUUUAACAUUUAUAUUUGUAUGUGAUCUAAGCAGCUUAGAACUAGCUCAAGGGGAAGUGACCCGGUGGGCUUCGAGAGGUUUUAUAAAUCCAGAGCACGUAAUGUGAAAACCAGACUAGGCAUCUAAUUAAGACAUGCGUUUAUUUGUGUAGCCACACCAGGUCAGUAAAAAGGACAGGCAUUUAAUCUGGACUAGGCUUUAAUCGAAGUUUUAUGGUAUUUGGAAGUUACGUCACAGCUUGUGAUGCUACAGUGGCUUCCUAUUCACAUAGUUUACCGCUUUUGAUUGAAGGCGCUAUAGACAUUUCCCACACAUUACUUCUUUGUCUUGUCUUUACUAGCUAAGACAAAUCUUUAAGUUUUGUGUUAAACUAGCAAGUAGAUACAUGAAUUUAAGAAUGACUUUACACAGAUGACAUUUCACAACUUAAUCAAUUUAUAAAUAGCGGGCCCAACCUAAUCCUGUUGUGCAGCUUUUGGCUGUAUCACACGGCUCAACAAGUGAUCAGCAGAUCAAAUCACUUGUUAUGGAAAUGUAGAUGUUCGAACUUCCCAUGAUUUAGAGCACAUCUUGGACAUCUCGACAGUUCAUUCCUGACCUUGGAAACAGCUGAUUCAAAUAAACAAGCAAUCUCAACUCAAGGUCAGUUUUCUCCAGAGCUUUUUGAGAUUGUUUUGUCAAACUCCAGAAAUGAUGUCUUAAGUCCUGUCCCCUCAGGUUGACUGGAAGUUAACCCUGUGAUUAUUUAUGAUCAUGGUCAUUUGUUCCUGGUCACUGUAGUGUUUAUCCAACACUAAUCAAACCGAAUUAAAUAGUCAAUCAGUUGGGGACUGUUUCAGUGGUCAUGUUUAUUAAACAUGAAACUUAAAUGUAACCCAGUGCAACGCUAAGGCUCAUUGAUGUGUUAAAUAGAUACAUAGUUUUUGUGCAAUCGUGGGACUCUAUUGCAUAGAGCAAUAAGUUAUAGCAGCACUUGAGUGGGAGUAGUAUCAUCAGUAGGGUUUUCAUGGGAUUUUAAGAAAAAUGCAUAAUAACAACCUUAUCCUUUAACUGCUUAUUAUUUAGUGGAGGCUUCGUCACAAUCUUUCCUCUUCUAUUGACCAUGGUUUAGGACAAUAUUGAUGUAUUGGUUUCAUUUCAUCAAUUUCAUUUGCUGAUUUUUUUAAAAAUGUUUUUAUUUGUACACACAAUUCCAUUUCACAUUGUGUUGUGCAACUGCCCUUCUUGCUGCAUUAAUAACAGUUAAGUGGUGAGUUGAACCUCCGGAUAAGCCAAAAUAUGCAUAUGUAAAUUUAAUAAAGGAAUGUGUCACUAUCUU